GCGUGCACGCCAUCAUUUCACCGAGGCGUCACAUCUCGCAGGCUCGUGCUCGCUCGCGCUGGAUGGAGCAGGAGAUGCUGCAUGCUUUCCGUUUUUGCCUUUUUCUGCAUAAUAACUGAAGACGCCAGAGCUCGCGCACGGCAACGACGAAGGAGCGCGCGCGCGAGCACGAGGGAGGAGGACUUGCGUGGUUUUGCAUCCCAAAGGAGGAGGACGACGAUAGAGGUAGAGAAGGAGGAGGAAGAGGAGGAAGAAGAAGAGGAGGAGGAGGAAGAGUGCACGAUGCUUUUCUGCUGACCCGCAGGCACGCGCACACGGUGACGGACGCGAGGUGCUUCAGCAGCCUCUGUUGCUUGUUUUGAAUUUCAUGCACUGGACCACACUGGGAUGUAGCUUUGGUGCAGGGUGGUAGCCUAUGCUGUAAUAUAGUUAUAUGGAUGUAUAUAGAGGUAUAUUCGAAUGCACGUGAGUGACUACUGCGUGCAUAAUUUCAUGCAACUGCUUUUUGCAUAUGAAUGAUUGGACCACUGCCUGAAGCUGCUGCUCUCUGAUUGGACCUCUGCCUGAAGCUGAUGCUCUGAGAGGAGCAGCAUAUUUUGAGAUUUUCUCUGAAUCACCCAGACAUAUGACUGCCGCACAGAGUGUCUGGUUGGCGCAUUGCACAUUGCACAGAAUGCCACCAAAACAGGAGCAUAUGGCAUGAGGAACGAGCGCAUCCGGAGACUGCAGUGCCAGUGGUGGAAGGAGCCUGUGUAGACGGGGUGCAAUCCCAGGAUACUGAAAGAUCAAAAAAAUAAAUAAAAAAAAGGAUAACAGAUAACAGUCUUUGUUCAGGUGUGAAAUGAUUGCCACCCAUCGCACGCAUGCCAGGUCACCGCUUUGAAGACAUCUAACCACCUACCAAUUGGAAAAAAAGAAUUGGAAAGAGAAGCAUAUGUAGUUCCCAGCUGGCACAAUGUGCAAGUAACCCAGCAAUAAGGCAAGGGGAAAGGGGAGGGAGGUGAACAGCAAGCAAUAAGCGUUGGGGAAUGUAGGUACCCAACCAAAGACAGCUCAAAUCUUUUAUGAAACCCAUGCUUCCAUUCUCCAUUUGCAGAAACGAUCACUGUGCAACUUCACUGCGACGUCUUUUUUCUCAGGUCAGUCGAUUUCCUUUUCAACCACCCACACCCCCUCGUAGUUUAGAUCGCUCGUCUUCCAUCGCUAUGCACUGACUCAUCGUAAGUGUAGGUUUCUUUUUCUUUAGCAUCACGAACCUCCAAUUCAAGUCUUCCACAAGGAGCUGGGAUCAGGGGAUCAUCUUGUAGCCGCAAGGAAGGUGUGCAAAGGUUUGUCAGGGCAGCUGUUUGCCAACACAGGCAAAUGUGGCAUAUCUGUGCACGUGUGGCCAGAUUAUAGAGCUGGGCAAAGGCAAAGACUCUGCUAACGACUGCUGGUACAAAAAAGAACCCAAUUCGGUUGGAUUACCUAAUACUCUGAGGACACGUGGCCUUGGAGAGAAAAGGGAAGCCAAGACGACGAACCUUCAGACCUUCAGAUUGAGUCCUGCGAGCUCCACUUUUUUGCAUCCAUCGGGACUGACCCCACCCAUCUCGCUCUCAGCUGUAGAAGGGGGAAGUGUCUAGUAAACAACAGGGGAAGCCUCUACAGGAAUCUUCAUCAGCCUCCUGGGAAGGGCUCGGGGGAAGUCUUCAGUGACAUCCGGGGAAAGCCUGUAAAAGGUUCAUCUAUAUCUGUGCAUUCAUAGAAGUCUUCAGAGAGUUACAGAAAAAACAAAUUCUUAAAAAAGCAUCUAGAAAAGACUUUUCUGGUCUUCUGGGAAAGUCUCAAGAAACGACUUUAUCAGUGUCCCUUGAUAAAAAAAAUCACGGGAGGAUUUCUUCAGUGUUCUGGGAAAGCCUCUAGAAAGGUUUUAAGAGUGCCUAAGAAAAUCAACUAGAGAAUUUGUCCUGGAAAAGAUUUUGGGAUUUUGAGUCUUCAUCAGUGUCCUGGAAAAGCCUGUAUCCUCUAGAAAGUCUAGUCUGUAUCGGUUAACUGGGAUCGCUUCUAGAAAAGUCUGUAUCACUGUUUCCAGAAAAGCCACUGGAAAAGGUUUUCAUCAGUGUCCCAGGAAAAGUCUCAAGAAACGUCUUCAUUGGAGUUCUGAAAAAAGACUCUGGAAGUAUUCUGGAAAACAUCUCCAGAAAUGACAAGCUUCUAGUAGAGUAUUCUUCACCAUUGUCCUGGAUAAUCUUCUAGAAAGUUUUAAUCAGUGUCCUGGGAAAGCCUCUAUAAAGGUUUUCAUUGAUGUCCCGGGAAAACUUCUAGAAAAGUCUUUAUCAGUGUCUUGGGAAAACCUCUAAAGAAAUAAUAAUUAAUAAGAGUCUUCAUCAGUGUGCAAGAUAAGCUUCUGGAAAAGUUUCAAUCAGUGUCCCGGGAUAUACUCUAGAGAAGUAUUCACCAGUGUCCUGAAAGAACUUCUCGAAAGGUCGUCAUCAGUGUCCCGGCAAGACCUUUAGACAAGGCUCAAUUACUCGAUUGAGAAGGCCUCUAGUGAAGCCCUCGUCAGUGUCUUCUGCUGCCUCUGGCCUUUUCUUGUUCCCACAGUUUUAGGGACACCGAGACACAAAGCCUUCAGUGAUUGGCGGCGGCGUGGGGAGUGUGUGAGUGAGUUUGAGUGUGUUUGGGUGUGUUUGGGACAGACAGAAGUGCCAGUCCUCGGGUGAAGAUGUCUGCAGUACAGUUGCUGUGGGCUUCGCUGGUGCUGGGAGCGAUGAGCGCUCUGCUCAGCGACGGCGCCUGCGUGGAGGUGGACUCGGAUACGGAGGCCGUGGUUCACGGCGGGUUUAAACUGGGCUGCAUCUCCUGUAAGAUGAGGGGGGAGGUGGAGGCCUCGGCUACGGUGGACUGGUGGUUCAUGGCUAAAGGAGAGGAGGACUUCACCCACAUCUACAGUUAUGCGGACAUGGUCGGCACGGUAACGGACGAGCGCUUCGUAGACCGUCUGGACUGGAAUGGCAGUAAGAAGACAGUGGACCUGCAGGACGGAUCCAUCUACAUCCUGAACGUCACCUUCAACGACACCGGAACCUACCGGUGCUACUUCGACCGCAUGCUGAACUUCGAGCACUACGAGUACCGAACCAACACCACCAAGUUCAUCACCAUCAACGUCGUGGCCAAGGCGACGCGAGGGAUGGCGUCGAUCCUGUCGGAGGUGAUGAUGUACGUGUCUAUCAUCGGGCUGCAGCUGUGGUUACUGGUGGAGAUGGUUUACUGUUACAGGAAGAUCUCAGCCGCCGGAGAGGAAGCCCUGAGAGAGAGCGCGGCUGAGUAUUUAGCUAUAACCUCAGAGAGUAAAGAUAACUGUGCAGGAGUCGCAGUGGCUGAAUAACAGGGCCAAAACCCCCCUCAAGCUCCGCCCCUAAAGCUCCAGCGUCGUGUCCUCACAGUGACCUUCACCUCCUCGGCUCCAUCGGCGAGAGACUGGCCGUUUUUUGUAGAAACAUCACGACGACGUUUCAUCGUUCACCAAAGGUUCUGUUAAAGUUUGCGCUGAAGGUUCGAAGGACUUCUACUACUACUCGUUUUUUAACGAAGUAAAUGGAUUAAAGCUAUGAACGAAGGUUUAAAUAUAGCAUGAUUUAAUGUAUAACUGUAGAAUUGUAUUGAACAUGACUUGUAUAUAUGUAUUCUUCUAAAUCUGACUUCUUUUUUUUUUGUUUUAUUCACGUUUUUUUUUGCACAAAAAGACAAAGAAAAUCUGCUUUAUAUGCAAAAAUACGAGAAAAUUGACUGACUAUAAACCGUAUAGUGAGCCAGUAGUGAACAGAUCAGAUAUAUGAUCAGAAAUAUGAACAGUAUUGAUACAGGCAUCAUUCCAGCUAACGGAGAACUGUUUUUAACGUCUUAAGAACGUUUAUCAACGUUUUAGAAAAAAAGGUUCCAGGUUAAAGGUUAAAGGUUAGCAUGUAGCACUACAGAAAAAAAAUAGUCAGGAACGUUCGGAAAACGUGAUGUGACAUAAUAAUAAUAAUAAUAA